UAUAACAAUAAGUGUACUAGAUGUGUGAAUAAGUCGAAGAGAAAUAAGUGAAGCGAACGGCGCCAGAGCCGAAGCCAGAAGUUUGAAUUGUCCGCAAUUUUCAUGUGUGCUAAAAUAUUUCGGAUCUGAGAGAUCGCUUCAGACUCGAGUGACGUUCCAAGGCGCGCAUCACUAAAUACUUUGGAACUCGCUCGCUUUGAAUUGAUCACGUCGAGAGCUGAAAUACCCUGGAAUUGAAUGUGGCAAACAUGCAGCGGAAGCUUUGCGUUGGCGUGCAGCGUGCGGCGAGCUCUACGCUUCUAGGUGAGCCCCACUAGGGCAGCAGAGCGACGGUGGGUGUGGCCAGCAGCGGCAUGAUGACUGCCAUGGCCUCGGCAGCCAGCGCCGCGGUGGUCGUGCCAGCAGCAACGGCAGCGGCAACAGCAACAGCAAGUACCGUGCGAGCAACAAUUGCCAGAGCCACAGCAGCAGCAGCAGCAGCAGCAACAACAACAACAACAACAACAACGCUGGCGGGCAAGUUGCUUGGCCAGUUGCACAAUCGCACGAGCGAACUGAAUGUGGAAGGCGUGGCAGAGGCGGAGCUUCAAGAAGAGGACGAAGGUGAUGGAGAUGGGAUUGGGAUUGGAAUUGGAAAUGAUAGCGACAGUCUGGGCGUCGGCAGCUCCUCGACGCCCAGCAGCUAUCUGUCCCUGUACGAUGAUGUGGCCAGCGCAUUGGACGAAACGCAGGCGGCAGAGGAGGCCGGCUAUGCAUUGAUUGAUGACAUCAGCGAAUGGCUGCUGGGCGCCGCCGGUGGCAACAAUCUCAGCCUGAGCAGCGAGCUAACAUCGUCGAGCCCCACCAGUAGCAGUGUCAGCAGCUUCAAUGAGUCCCUUAGCUGGCUGACCCUGGACAUGGGCGAUGUACAGAACAGCACGCUGCCCAGCGGCAGUAGCAGCAGCAACGUCACCAGCAGCAGCAGCAGCAGCAGCAGCAGAAGCAAUCUCGAAGGCGCCGGUGAGGACGAGGGUGGCGGACUCUAUGCGCUGCGUAACUUUGUGGAGCAGCAGCUGAAUGGGGAGUCGGCACAGGAUGCACAGGACAUUGCGCUCAUUGACAGUGCCGAGGAGAGCGCGCUGGAGAAUGUCGGCGACGGCGAGGCGGACUAUGGUGUGCUGAGCGGGUUCAAUGGCGGCAGCCUGGAUGCGGAAGUGGAUGCCACCAGCGAACUCCUGCAGCGCACAGCGACAACGUUAACAAAUCGGACGACAGUCGCCGCCAGCUACGAUGCGAAUGCCGUCUGGAUGAGUGGAGCUGGCGCCCAUGCAGCCGGUGCAGCAGGCGGCGCUGCCGCAGACCGCGGCGGCGGCGGUGGCGCCGUCGACGGUGGCGCUGGUGCCAGCACGAGUGGCAGCUCCUUCAUGCUGCUGCUAGAGAACUUUAACGAUUACUUUCCUAACUACAAUGGCAGCACGGUUUCGGGCACAACAGUCAGCACGACUACGGCCAGCAGCGUUCUACUCGAUCAGAAUAUGACGAGUCUCUACUUUGAAAACUAUCGAACCAAUUGCACGAAUGCAACGCUCAAUCUGACAACGGAAUGCCAUGAACUGCGAAUUGUGGACCACAAUUAUUGGGCGCUCAUCUUGAUCCUGUUCCCGAUCCUCACGCUCUUCGGCAAUAUACUGGUCAUCCUCUCCGUCUGUCGCGAGCGAUCGCUGCAAACGGUUACGAAUUAUUUUAUAGUAUCAUUAGCCAUAGCCGAUCUGCUGGUCGCCGUAGUCGUAAUGCCAUUCGCUGUCUACUUUCUGGUGAAUGGCGCAUGGGCAUUGCCUAAUGUUGUUUGUGAUUUCUAUAUAGCCAUGGAUGUGAUAUGCUCUACUUCAUCGAUAUUUAAUUUAGUCGCCAUCUCAAUAGACAGAUACAUCGCUGUGACGCAGCCAAUAAAAUAUGCAAAGCACAAAAAUAGUCGCCGCGUUUGCCUUACGAUACUAUUGGUGUGGGCGAUAUCGGCUGCCAUCGGGUCGCCGAUAGUUCUGGGCCUGAACAACACACCCAAUCGGGAGCCGGACGUGUGCGCCUUCUACAACGCUGACUUCAUACUCUACUCCUCGCUGAGCAGCUUCUACAUACCGUGCAUCAUCAUGGUCUUCCUCUACUGGAACAUAUUCAAGGCGCUGCGCAGCCGUGCUCGGAAGCAGCGGGCUGCCCGCAAGCCGCAUCUCUCGGAGCUGACGGGCGGCAGCGUAAUCGAGAAUAUUGCACAGACCCGGCGACUAGCCGAGACGGCAUUGGACAGCAGCCGGCAUGCCAGCCGCAUUAUGCCCGACGAGCCGGCCACGAACACGGCCAGCGGCUCCAACGAGGAGGAGGACGAGAAUGCCAUUUCGCCCGAUAUCGAUGACUGCCACGUCAUCGUCAACGAUAAGUCCACUGAGUUUAUGCUGGCCACAGUCGUCGAGGAGACUGGCAACGUUGUGGCACAGAUCACCACACAGCCGCAGCUGGUCGUUGCCGAUCCGAAUGGUAAUCAUGAUUCUGGUUAUGCAGCAUCAAACGUUGACGAUGUCCUUGCAGGAGUGAGCGUGGGCGCCGCCAUCAGCAGCACAACGCCGCCGGACAGUCCGGUACCCAGCGGCGCCACCCUGCACCGCUCCAGUGUCAGCAGCCGGCGCAACACCGCCGAGGACUCGCCCAAACGAGGCGAGCCAGCUCUCAGCAGCAGCGUCGCCAUGAAGCCGUUGUCCUUUGUGCGCUACGGCGUGCAGGAGGCCAUGACUUUGGCACGCAACGACUCCACGCUAUCGACCACAUCGAAAACGUCCUCGCGCAAGGAUAAGAAAAACUCGCAGGCGUCAAGAUUCACGAUAUACAAGGUGCACAAGGCCUCGAAGAAGAAACGCGAAAAAUCGUCGGCCAAGAAGGAACGCAAGGCCACCAAAACAUUGGCCAUCGUUUUGGGCGUCUUUCUCUUCUGCUGGCUGCCAUUCUUCACGUGCAACAUCAUGGAUGCGAUGUGCGCCAAAUUCAACGAAGACUGCAGGCCCGGUCUGACGGCCUUUAUGCUAACCACUUGGCUGGGCUACAUCAAUAGCUUUGUCAAUCCCGUUAUCUACACGAUAUUCAAUCCGGAAUUUCGUAAGGCAUUCAAGAAGAUCAUGCAUAUGGGGUGAUUACAAUCAGCAGCAGCAGCAGUAAGAACAACAACAACAACCCUAACAGCUGACAGGACUCAACAACUAAAUGAAUGCUUCCUUUGUGUGCAGCUGAUCAAUAUGUAAUUGCUUAACUAUCGAUAGACGUCAAUCGAUAACUCAAAACACGAACUGUGCCAAAUGCAAACCAAAUGAAAUUGAAC